AUGAUUCAUUCACCGCCCCGGAGGUGGCCCACGGCCACACAUUUCGGGCGUACGGGGACGGCCGCACACGCAGCUUCCUUAAUAUUAAACAAAUGUUUCAAAGUACAAACGCCCGGAGCCAGAAACGUGUCGACCCAGGCCAGGCGGCGAGAAGGAAACUGCACGUUUCGGCCGCUGCCCGAGUGUUCCCGGGGUCGGGAGGGGAGCGCGGAGCACGUCCGUCCACCCGGCCGCCGACCCCCUUCCAGUCCCCGACCCCGCUGGCGCGCGGGCAGCACCCGCAGGGGGCGCGGCGGGCGCACAGGUGGGUCCCCGCCGGCCCGGCCUCCCGCCCCUCCCCGCCACUCGCGGAAGGCCGACGCGCCCUCGCCGACGCGCCGCCCGCUCGCCCCUUUCCUCUCCGUGACAUCUUAUAUAAUAACCCGAGCUAAUCAAAACGGAAGCGACGCGCGCUGCCGGGGCCCGGCUCCCGGCUGCCACUGGAUGCUCGCGCCCCGAGCCCCCGGCCCCCGAACUAGGCGCCAGAGCGCGCGGCUCCGGGGGAAGGGCCAGAGCGCCGCCUCGGCUCGUCCCUCCUCGGAGAAGGCGCUGCCGCUGCCGGUCCCCGUCAGGAAGCCGCGAGCGUCACAAACUGCGUCAGCUUCUUCAAACACGUUUCACGGGCUCCCUCCAGCCGGGGAGCCGGCCGCUGGGGCAGCGGGGCCGCGGCCCGGGCUGGCGGGAGCCCCUCCGGGGAGGAGAAAGUUCCUCCGGGCCCUCCCCUCGCCCGCGCUGCGCCCGGCCCCGCCGCGCCUCCAGCCCCUUUCCGCGCGACGCCCGCCCCGCCGCGCAGCCCGCCGGCCCGCCCCGAUGGCAGGUUGGGCAACUUAUGACCCCCGGGCGCCCGGCGGCCCCCUCCCGCCCGUCCCGGCCCCCAGCCGCUCGGGGGCCUCCCCCCAGCCCGGCGGAAUACAGCGACGCCAGAAACUUCCCCGGGCCGCGCCGGGCGGGGGAGCCGCCCGGGUCCCGGCGCACCGCCCUUACCUUGCUCUCGGGAGGCCACGAGCCGGGCGGGCCGCGCGGGGCGCGUGGUGCGCGAGCGCGCGCGCGUGGGGAGGUAGAUGA